AUGACUCGGCUACAAGCUUUACUUCUCUGCGCUUUCUGCCUAUUCGCAGCCACCGAUGCUCAAUUCGGAUACCCUGGAAUGGGCAUGGGUAUGAAUCCGAUGAUGGGAAUGGGAAUGGGAAUGGGAAUGGGUGGAAAUCCGAUGAUGCGAAUGCAAAUGAUGCAGAUGCGGCAACGGAUGAUGAUGAUGCAAUCGCGUAUGAUGAUGAUGAACAUGAGGAACAGAAUGGGCAUGAUGGGCAUGGGCGGAAUGGGAAUGAUGGGA